UUAAUCUCUACGCUUCUCUCUCUGCAAUUACUCCUUGAGAGUUUCUCUCUCUAGAAUAUCGAGUAUUGCUGACUUGAGCGUUGGAGUGUUUUUCCCGAGGAAACAACCUCAGGAUUUUCAGGUGUGGAAGCAGCUGAGAGUUUCAACAGUGUUGGAUAGCGAAGCUGCCCAAACAUUUGGUGCCGUCUGUGGGAACUGAGCAAGAAGUCGUGUAGCUUAGCCUGCUGAAAGACAAAAUGGUUCGAACCUUUACAGGAGGUCGCCCCCCAAGAAAUGAGACGGACGAACAGGAAGACGCUCAGGUAUUUGAGCCCGGUUUGAAUGACUUUAGGCCAAUGCCAAGAAACCUCUUCGUCAGGGGAGCCGAAAAUGAGCACCUAAGUGAAACGGAUGAUGAACGAACACCCACCGGGUAUGCAACCCAGCCUGAACAGUUCCAAGUUCCAACAGGAACAAGACAAAGACCUUCCAGACCACACUAUUCACAGCAUGAACGACCUGAAAGGUCAACAGAGCCUGCUCGGACAACCGAGCUCGAAGAGAGAACCAGAGUCCUCGAAAUGGCAAUGGGAAAAAUCCUUGCCCGCCUAAUUCCUGACGACCCCCUGAUUCCUUUGUUGAACAGGGAUGCACAACCGGCUGCGGUUGUUGCAACUCGAAACUCCCCCGCUCUAAGCAACAUAGUAGUACCGACCAGGCCCAGGGGAAGUGGGAAACUGAAUAUCGAGCCCAGCUCGUCCAAACACAGUGAAGAACUGAUGAGAAAGAACGCGGACCUUGAGAGACAGCUACAGGACGUGCAAAAGUCUAUUGACGAGCUGAAAAGUCCCAGGUCGCAUCAACAGACUCUGGAUUUAGAUAGUGCCCCACUAAACUUAUCCAUCACAGCGAAGCCGUAUCAAGAGGGAUUCAAAAUCCCCCACUUGGAGACGUAUGACAGCUCGGGCGACCCGGACGAACAUUUACACACCUAUCAGGCCAUCAUGAGAAUCCAAAACGCUAACGACGCCAUGAUGUGCAAAGUGUUCCCGGCAACCCUGAAGUCAACAACUAGAAGAUGGUACCACAAACUCCCCAGACACUCUAUAGAUUCAUACUCCCAGCUCGCCAAGCUGUUCUCCAACAAAUUUGCGAGCCAAAGGGAGAUUAAACGCACGACGACCGAGCUGAUGCAAGUUCACCAGAAAGAGGGGGAAUCUUUGAGGGACUACAUGCAGCGAUUCAACAAGGCUACUUUAGAUAUUGAUAACGUCCCUGAUACCAUCUGCUUGUCUGCUCUGUUGCACGGCUUGAAACGUGGCAGGUUCCUAGAUGACUUACUGGAAAAUCCACCAAAGACAUGGAACGAAGUCAAUGAUAGGUCAGCUAGCUUUAUACUGUCAGAGGACUUUCAGUCGUCGAAGCGGCGAGCUGAUGAUAAACAAAGCAAAGGCCAGGAACAGCUACUAAGAAGAGAGGAUAAGAAAAAGCAGAAAGUUAAUGAGCCGUGGGGGAAGCCGGCUGAAUUUCCAAAAUAUGCUAACUACGUCCCUCUGACCUUGCCAAGGUCUCAAAUUCUGGCACAAAUCCAACACUGGAUUAGAAGGCCCCCACCCCCGUUGCAUGAUUCUCCGAGGGCAGACAAGAGCAAGCAUUGUGACUAUCAUCGUGUAUACGGUCACAACACGGAAGACUGCCAGCACUUAAAGGACGAGCUGGAGUUCUUAGCUCGCACGGGGAAAUUAGAGGGGUAUGUCCAAAAGCCUCACACCCAGCAAACAGCUCAAACCCACUUCGUGCAGGGGUACGACCGACCUCAGGGGCAGAGGUACCGGCUCGGCAACACGCAGGACAUGUAUCAAGAUAAUCAAUACCUUUUCGAGCCAAGCAGAGCAUACAGAGGUCGCCAAUUCAAUAGGCAAAGCCAGGGUCAGAGACCUGCCGCCCAGAGCCAAAAAGACAGAAGAGGAGUUGGGUGCACCGCAAUACCUCCGCCGUCUGGUACAAUUAAUAUGAUCUCUGGCGAGUGGGAGAACACGCCCAUUACAUUCAACCCGGCAGAUUACAAGCGAGCAGAUGAAAAGCCCGACGUCAUGAUGCCACAUGCAGAUCCUUUCGUGGCAACGGUUCAUAUAGGCAACCAUAACGUCAAUAAGGUCUUCAUUGAUACGGGUAGCUCACCAGAUAUCCUGUACUGGAGUUGCUUCCAGAAAAUGCAGCUAAAUCCCAGCUUGCUGCAAAAGCACGAAGGGCCUAAAUAUGGGUUUAACAAUCAGCCCGUGCUGGUUGAGGGAGUAAUUACCCUUCCCAUCUAUGUGGGCUCGGAACCAAGAUUCAGGAUGGCUUCUGUCACUUUCCUGGUCGUCAAGAUGGAGUCAGCUUUCAACGCUAUAUUGGGAAGAGCCACUCUCUGCGAGCUGAAGGCUGUCAUAUCACAACCUCAUCUUUGCAUGAAAUUCCCAACCCCUCAGGGGGUAGGAGUGCUCAAAGGAAAUCAAAAGAUGGCCAGAGCAUGUUAUCAAGACACAUUUAAGAAGGUGGAGCUCGCCGUAGCCCCGAGAGGCUCUGAAAAUAGUAAACCGACUCAGCCCAGUCAGCAGACAAUGAGCAUAUCGGACAUUGAGCAUAGACCCGAGGGGGUCGAGCAGAAAGCAGAGCUGGUAGAGCCAGUCGAAACCAUUCCUUUAAACCCUGACGUGCCGGAAAGAACAGUCAAGAUCGGCACCAAGCUCACAAAAGAAGAACGAGCAGAGCUCCUGGAAUUUUUGAGGGUCAAUCAAGAUGUGUUUGCGUGGAUUACUGACGAAAUGCCUGGCAUCCCAGCGGAGCUUACAGCCCACAAACUCAGCACGGACCCCACCAGAAGGCCGGUGGUGCAGAAGCGUCGCCUUUUUGGCCCGGAGAAACAAGCUGCCAUAGACGAGGAGAUACGGAAGCUGCUACAAGCAGGCUUCAUCAGGAGAGUGGAGUACUCAGAGUGGGUAUCCAAUCCCAUGCUCGUCAAAAAGACAAAUGGCAAGUGGAGGAUGUGUAUCGACUUUACCAACCUCAAUGACGCAUGUCCAAAAGACCCUCACCCCUUGCCAAAUGUGGAGAAGUUAGUGGAGCGGGCAGCUGGGCAUGAACGGAUGAGUUUUCUUGACGCCAGCUCUGGCUAUCACCAGGUUCAAUUGCAGUUGAACGACCAGGAGAAGACUGCUUUUUACGCUAGGAAUGCAAUCUACUGCUAUGUCAUGAUGCCGUUCGGCCUCAAAAAUGCUGGAGCGACAUACCAGAAGCUGGUGCAAAUCAUCUUUAAGCUCCAGAUCGGCAGAAACAUAGAAGUGUAUGUGGAUGACAUGAUAGUCACCAGUAUACGAGCUGAGGAUCACAUAGGCGACCUGGAUGAAACUUUUCAAAACCUGCGCCGAGCUCAAAUGAAGCUGAACCCUUUGAAAUGCACGUUUGCUGUGGAAUCAGGGAAAUUCCUAGGAUACGUGGUAUCCAAGAAAGGAAUUGAAGUAAAUCCAGAGAAGGUCCAGGCCGUUCAGCAGAUGGAGCCACCCAAGACCAUAAAAGAUGUACAACGUCUGACAGGUCGGGUAGCUGCGUUGCACAGGUUUAUUGCCAGAUCGGCAGAAAAGUGCCUUCCGUUCUUCAAUGCCCUGCGGGAACCUAAGAACUUUCACUGGACUGCUGAAUGUGCCGAGCAGAACUACCCACUAACGGAAAAGGCUGCUUUUGCUUUAGUCUGCACAGCUCGUAAGCUGAGGGCUUAUUUUCAAUAUCAUCAGAUUGUCGUCUAUACUGAUUUCCCGUUAAGAAGAAUAUUGCAGAAGCCAGAACUCUCUGGUCGGCUCAUCAGAUGGAGUAUCAAGUUGAGUGAGUACGACCUCAAAUUUCAGCCGCGCACAGCUAUAAAAGGCCAAGCUGUAGCAGACUUCUUGGUCGAAUGUGCCCUGGCAGCUUUAAGAGAAAAGGCACCUGAACACCCAGUGUGGGUUUUAUAUGUAGAUGGGGCUGCUAAUGUUGAAGGAUCGGGAGCUGGAGCGGUCUUCAGCGACUCUCAGCUCGUUGUGGGCCAGGUAAAUGGUAGUUGUGACAUCAGGGAUCCUCAGCUCGGUCGUUAUGCCUCUGUGGUCAACAGAUUGAAAUCGGCAUUUGUUCUCUUCCAAAUUGAUAAAAUACUAAGAGCGGAUAACCACCGAGCUGACGAGCUGUCAAAGCUGGCUUCCUCGCAAGACCUUAACCCUCAGAGGUCGACAAUUGUCGAGAUACUCGACGCCCCGAGCUAUACCGAUUCCACAAUCGAAUGUCAGCUGCUGAGCACAGACCCCUCUGCACCGAGCUGGACCACCCCGCUCAUAAAUUAUCUGCAGAGUGGUGAGCUACCGGAAGACCAGGCCACUGCAAAAUUGGUUAAACGCAGGGUGGCACAUUUCACGUUGUUAAAUAACCAGCUCUAUAAACGGGCAGCCUCAAUGCCCCUACUACGCUGCCUUACUCCUUAUGAAGCCGAAUACGCCGUAAGGGAAGUUCAUGAAGGAGUAUGUGGCACACACGUAGGCGGUAGGACCCUAGCUCGGAAGCUCUUGAGGCACAGAUAUUACUGGCCAACCAUGGUGGAGGACGCGCAGAGCUAUGUUAAAAAGUGUCCGACCUGCCAGUUCAAUGCUGAUGAUAUUCACAUGCCAGGGGAAAUGCUAUCAUCUCUUACAUCUCCUUGGCCCUUCGCUCAAUGGGGUGUCGACCUACUCGGCCCUUUCAUCAAAGGCAAAGGAGGAUGCACCUUCCUGGUCGUUGCAGUGGAUUACUUCACUAAAUGGAUAGAAGCCAAACCAUUGUCCACGACAACGGAAAGGAAAAUAGAAGAAUUCUUGUUCAAUUCAAUAUUGUGCAGGUUCGGCAUACCUAAGCGAAUUAUCGCCGAUAAUGGGCCACAGUUCUUAGCAGCAGCACUGAGGUCGUUCUGCAAAGACUAUGGCAUUGAGCUCUCCUUGACGACACGUGUUAUAUCCGCACGUUCUAACUGGGUUGACAAGCUCAAUAAAGUACUUUGGUCAUGUUGCACGACACCCAGCUCGGCCACGGGAGAAACCCCGUUCAACCUGGCAUACGGAGCUGAAGCCGUCAUCCCUGUUGAGGUCGGGCUAUCAUCUGCUAGGUCAGAUCGUCAUGACGAUCAAAUUAAUGGGCAACUCUUAAGAGAGAACCUAGACCUAGUGGAGGAAGUCAGGGAAAUGGCUCGAAUUAGAAACAUGGCACACCAAGGUAGUGUAGCAAGAUUCUACAAUAAAAGAGUCCGAGUUCGUCAGUUUCAGGUUGGCGAUCUAGUAUUACGAAAGGCUGGGUUAACUAACACAUAUUCCCAUAUGGGCAAGCUUGCCCCUAAUUGGGAAGGUCCAUACAUGGUUGCUCAAGUUAACCGACCUGGAUCUUACGUAUUGGCAGAUCUGAACGGGCGUCAGUUACCGUUCAGAUGGAACGUUCAGAACCUUAGAAAAUUUUAUAGUUGAUUUAUAUUAUUGUAGAAAAUUUCAAUAAUGUAUGAGCAAUUAC